GACAAAAUUACAACUAAUAAGUCAGGAGAUCAAGGCUAUUGCACCUCUGGGGACCAUGAAUAUAUCAAAUUUCAUAGAAGUUUAUGCAGAUUCUGUAAUAAAAAAUACAAUUAUUUUCACGUUAUUAAUGGGAUAAGAAUCAAUCAUUCUCAUGUAUUUGUGUUGGGAUUGUUGUAAACUACUCUUUAUUACACCAUUUUUCUCUGUGUGACCGGUGCCCUUAUUUUGAAGGAUGAAUUUAUUCUCAACGCUAGGGGCGCUGUAGGAUAAUCUCAUACCGGAAGUAGCUCCUGUCUUCUUCUUUGUUUUGAACUUUCACCUUAGACUUGUGCACGUUGGAAAACCAAGCGAAACAACGUGGAUAGUACAAAUAAAACAGAGUGGUAUUUAUUAAAUUCAGAGUUGACAAAGCCAACGCGCCCCAUGUUUCCUUCCGCCUGGAUUUAAUACCUCGACUCCUCUGCGCGGCUAAAAGAUGGGGAAGGUACCGAAGAAGAAGAGGAGCCUCGCCGACAAGGUCCGCAAAACCAAGACCUCCACUGAAAUCAAAAAUAAUCCCUUUGAGGUGAAAAUCAACCGGAAGAAAUUUGAGAUUUUGGGGAGAAAAAGCAAGCAUGAUGUGGGUCUCCCUGGUGUGUCUCGAUCCAAAGCCAUUAAUAAGAGAAAAGAAACCCUCCUGAAGGAAUACAAACAGAAGGGCAAGUCCAGCAAGUUCAUCGACAGACGCUUUGGGGAGUAUGACACCAACAUGGCGCCAGAAGACAAAAUCCUGCAGAGGUUCGCGAUGGAGAGACAGCGUGUCCACGAUAAGAAGGAUCUGUACAACUUGAACGAGGAGGAGGAGCUGACUCAUUAUGGCCAGUCGCUGGCUGAGAUGGAGAAGUUCAACGACAAUGUGAACAGCGACGAUGAAUCAGAAGAGAAAGGUCUUUUAUCAGCCGAGCUGACCGCCACCCACUUUGGAGGAGGAGGUCUCCUCAGAAAGAAAACCUCAGAGGAGCAGCAGCAGGAGGGGGAAGACAACCACCACAGAGCCAAGUCCAGACAGGAGCUCAUUGAAGAGCUCAUCCAGAAGUCCAAGCAGGAGAAGCGGGAACGACAGGUGAGGAAAGAGGAGUCUCAGGAGCUGACUGAGAAGCUGGAUCUGGAAUGGAAGAGCAUCCAGGCUCUGAUGGUGAAAAAGACGCCCAAAGGUGAACGCGUCGAGGAGGAGAAGCCCAAGCUGGAGCAGUAUGACAUGAUGGUCAGAGAGCUGGUCUUCGAGAUGAAGGCUCAGCCGUCGGAGAAGCUGAAAACCCCAGAGGAGCUCGCCCGCGAGGAGAGGGAGAAGCUGCAGAAACUAGAGGCGGACCGCCUGAGGAGGAUGAUGGGAGAUGAAGUCGGGGAGAGUUCAGGGAGUCAAAUCCACAUCUCUGCCGAUGACCUCAAUGAUGGCUUUAUCCUGGAUAAGGAGGACAAGAAGACCCUGUCCUAUCAGGAUGGAAAAUGGAACAUUGAAGAGGAGCCCAAGGAAGAUAAGGAUGGAGAGGAUGAUGAAGAGGGACAGAGUGGAGAUGAUGGGGAGUCAGAGGAUGAGGAUGAGGAGGAGGAGGAGGAGGAGGAGGAGGAAGAAGAAGAUGGAGAUGAUGAUGAGGGGGAGGAGGAAGAGGGGCAGGAGGGCAGCAGUGAGGAUGAAGAUGGUCACUCUGACCUGGAGUCUGAGCAAGAAAGCGAGGAUGAGGAGACAAAAGAGGACAGCGCCAAACCGAGUCUGAGCGAAGAGGAGAUGAAGGCCCAGCAGGAAGCGGCUAAAGCAGAGCUCCCAUACACAUUUACUGCUCCGGAGAACUACAGCGACCUGACAGACUUGCUCCAUGGCCACACCCCCGACAACCAGCGCCUCAUCGUGGCCAGGACUCAGAAAAGCAACCACGCUAGUUUGGCUGUAGGCAAUAAGCUCAAACUGCAGAAACUGUUUGGCUUCUUGUUGGAGUACAUCGGAGAACUGGCCACCCGGAGUCCACCUGAACUCACCACCGUAGAUAAGCUCAUACCAGAGUUGUACACUAUGUGUCAGAUGUUUCCAGAAGCAGCCUGUAAGGCCAUGCAGAGCAUCCUCGGAGACGCUGGUCAUAGCACGGAGGAGGUGCUGGAGGUCAAAGGGCACAUUGCUUUCCCAACGCUAGACAUGCUCAUCUACCUGAAGGUGACAGCCCUGCUGUUUCCUACCUCAGAUUUCAGACACCCAGUUUCAACUCCGGCGCUGCUUUACAUCAGCCAGGCUCUCACCAAGUGUCCAGUGAGAUCAUUACAGGACGUGACGUCGGGCUUAGCGCUGUGCUGCCUGGGAGUGGAGUACGUCACUUUUUCAAAGCGCUUCCUGCCCGAGCUCAUCAACUUCCUGUCUGGAACGCUGCAUCUGGCCGUGCAGGACAAGACCUCUAUAGGUUACACUGUGGUGCCGCCCUUUAGGCCAUCGGGGAAGUGCAGUGAUCUGCUGGUGUUGUCGGACUCCGAGUCCCGCAAGAGCUGGACAAAGAAGAGCCUUCCAUUGUCUGCGACCCAACGCCUGGAACUCAGAAAUGAGCCGGACAGAGAUCACCACAGGUUGAUGUGUCUGUCUACUUGCCUGGACCUGGUGAAGCGAUGCUGUCUGCUCUACAAAGACCUCACGUCCUUCGCGUGCGUCUUUCAGCCAAUCGGAGCGCUGCUUUCCAAACACCUCUCAGCCCAAACCUUACCAGAGCUUUUACAGGAGCUCCGCGCUGAGAUCCUGGAGAGCAUCGGCAGUGCUCCCGUGACUCGCAGUCGGCUGGUUUUAGAGAGGAGGAAGCCGAUUCCUCUGAAGCUGCUCACACCCAAGAUUGUUGAAGUGUUGGACUAUGGAAAGAAACGUGGCAGCACCAGAGAGGAGAGAGAGAAGGAGCGACUGAAGCACAAGUACAAGAAGGAGUUUAAGGGCGCUCUGAGGGAGAUCAGGAAGGACACGCGCUUCCUGGCCAGAGAAAAGCUCAAUGAGGUCAUGGACAGAGAUUCGGAGAGAAAGAGGAAAGUGAGGGAGCUCUUCGGCAGCUUGGCCACUCAGGAGGGAGAGUGGAAGGCCCUGAAGAGGAGGAAGGAGAAGGGGAAGGGGAAGUGAAAACACAGAAUCUCACUCAUCGUAUUUCUUUCCGUCGUCUGUUUCCUGUCAAGUGGACGUCUCUCAUCCAGAUGUGGAUAACGGUCCUGUUCAAGGUUGACAUCUGUGGAACUAGGAGCCGUUUUGUACUUAGAUUCUUUUUUUAAUUGCGUGAUGGGACAAAUUCAACUUCCUUGUCGCAGCAUUUUAUAGUGUUUGACAAAUAGCUGUCAGAAACAAACACCCCAAGUUGUCACAUAUUAUGAUGUAGGCGUUUGAUGCGAAUAUCGGAUACUGUUGUUGGAAGUGUCAGUCAACACAGCAGUUAAUACUCGGUUUGCAUUCUUCUUGUUUUACCACCAGAAUCCAUCACCACAAUGUGCUUACAGGCAGGAAAUAAAUGAGUCUUUAUGUUC